AUGAGUCGGCAACAACACGCAUCCGCCUCGGCGGCGGCGGUAAAGAAAGAAGACCAAGACCAAGAAGACCAAGCAGGCGUAGAAGAAAACGAGGAGAAAGUCGAAAAGGAUACAAAUAAGGAAGAGGACGAAGAUCGUGAUCCGUUGUAUCCGCCCCUCGAUUACUCGAAAAUCUUUUAUCGGAAUGUCACCGACGACGACCUGGAACUCGCCGCUCUCGCGGCGGAAUUCCGACACUUUUACCGAAACUCUCCGUAUUACAUCCACAGUAAAGACACGACGAAUAGAGAUUUAGACGACGAGUGGACGAAGAGUUGGAAGGAUUUAUCAUCGAAGAAAAAGGAAACGAAACCUUUGAAUCCUCCUCCUCUUAAGGAGGAGGAGGAGGAGGAGGAGGAGGAAAAGAAGACAAAGAAGACCAAAGAGGGAAGUAAAAAGAAGAAGAGCAAUCAACCGAAUCAAGAGGAGGAAAAGGAAGAAAAAGAGAAAAAAUGGACGUUAGAGGACACGGUGGAAGAUUGGAUGUUCGACCCGAAGUACGGGUUCCCGGCGGAAAUCAUGGAGGAGUUCGCGCGUUUGCGACCGCCGGCGAUGAAUCCGAGGAUGAAUAGAAAGGAGCGAGAGGAGGAGGAUUUGGAGGAGAAGGAAGGAGAGAAGAUCUCUGGCGGCGGUGGGAAUAGUAAGAGAGCGACGACGACAAUACCGGCGAAGAGGAAAGGGAGCGGCGCCGGCGCCGCGAGUAAAAGCGAGGACAAGAAGAAGAAGAAGAAGAAGUCCGCAGCCGCGGAGGAUAACUUUGGCGACCGGUUGAACAAACUGGAAGAGUUGGAAGCGGAAGAAGAGGACGAGUAUCAAUCCUCCUCCGAAGACGACGAGAUGGAAGGGUACGAGUUUGGCGACGACGAGGAAGAAGAAGAAGAAGAGGAAUAUCGCUCGUCCUCGGACGACGAAGAUAAAGUGGCCACCGCGAGCGGGAAGGCGAAAUCCGCCGGGAAGGAUUUGACUCGACUCUCGAAAGCGGCCAGAGACGCCGAGGAGAAAACAAGGAAACGAAGACUCAAACGGAAGUUAGAGAAAAGAAAACGAGGCGGGAAAUCGGCGACGACGUUAGACGACUCCACGGACGAGGAUACCGAGAGACCAGAGGACGACCGCGGCGGAGUGAAAGUCGAAGACGACGACGACGAUAACAACAACAACAACAACAACAACGCGCGAAGAAGUGGCCGACGACGACGCGGAGGCGGAGAUCACGACGUCAUCAAAACCAACCAAACGAGCAGCCGCUCCAAAAAGAAAGACGACCGCCGCCGCCGCGACGACAACAACAUCAAGAACGACCGCCACCGCGGGGCCAGCGACGACGACGACGCGAACAACAACAACAACAACAAUGAAACUGACGACACCGACGACGACGACGGUCCUGAAGAUUUCGGCCAGUUUGAAAACGACGAAGACUCGCUCGAGGAAACCGAACACGAGGCAUACUUUUAG